UAAUAUUAUUGUAUUUAAAUGUGUUGUUUUUCUCUCUUGAUGCAGUGGUAGAAGCUGAACCCGUUUCGCUUUCAAUCGAAGGGAAGAACAAACAUUCAAUUCAUGGCAGCUGCAAAGCUUCAAGCUUUAUGGAAUCACCCAGCUGGGCCUAAAACCAUUCACUUCUGGGCACCUACCUUUAAGUGGGGCAUCAGCAUUGCCAACAUUGCUGAUUUCUCAAAACCACCCGAGAAACUUUCCUAUCCUCAGCAAAUAGCGGUCACAGCUACUGGAAUUAUCUGGUCUCGUUACAGCACUGUAAUCACCCCAAAAAAUUGGAACCUGUUUAGUGUAAACAUUGCAAUGGCAGGGACAGGCUUAUACCAACUCUCACGCAAAUUGCGGCAUGAUUAUUCCUCUGAGGCGGAGGCGGAGGUGGCUGUCACAAAAGAAUGAUAUUAAAUAUUUUAAAAGUCCAAGUUAUUGUGUAGUUGGAGGCAGAUGCCCAGGCUGUAAUUUCCGUUAUAUAAUUGUAUUCUUACUUGGUAGUUCAUUUGUACUUUCCCAAGUCUCAAACUGUUAAAGCAUUCUCACUUGUGUGUUUGAUUGUGGCAAAAUAAGGGAAUCAAGAUAAGCGGGCAACUGAAUAUAUCUGGCCCCUUAUGGGGCGUCUUUGAUAUUUCUUACCAUGAUUAUAAAUCAUAGGUCUUGAAGCAA